GCGUUCAAUCCGUCGUCGAAGCACCGAGGGUCGCGCCACGACCAACCAAGUAUCCGUGUUCGAAUUGACGUGUUUAUCACAGAAAACACAGUCCCGCGAUUGACCGAUUAACGGACUCGAGUCGUUCGAUUCGUCUCCCUUUAUAUAUUUUUAUGUGACAAUCGUGAUCUACAAUGGAAAACAGCAGACCGACUAGAAAGCGAUCGCUUUCGUCCAAGCGGACGGUAUUCAAGUACAAACUGCUGAUCCAGUGACUGAGUGCAGUGUUCGGUGGACCGUCGUAUAUUCACUGUCAAUUGUUUCUCUUUCGGGUCUCUUUUUGACCGGAAUCCGUGUCGAGCCCGAAGAGGGUUGGUGCGGAACAGACGAACACUAGUGAUCGAGAUACCGCGAUACGGACGUGUGUUGUAUUCGUCUAGCGAGAGUUAUCAUCACAUUGAUCGGUCCAGAGGCAUAUACCGUGCUCGUGCUAACACAGAUAUCCGCUACGGCCGUGGUGAUCUCUUUCGGCCGCCCGAAAAGUCGCGGACGAUUACGGUUGAUAACCUCGCGUCAAUUGUGAUCAACGGUGAUUUCCAUAAGACUGACAGGACUUAUAUCGUAGUCUGAUAUGCCAGCUUGAGACACUUACCAAAAACUCUCUGUUGACAUAUUAUACACAUUCUGUGCCAAAUAAACGUGCCAAAGUGUUUCAUUGAAAGUACAAGUUUUAUUAGUAUUAUUUUAGCGUGUUUACUGUUAACGUUGUCGUCGAUUGUUCGUUUUUUAUACCGUUACGUUUUGUAAGUUCGUUUUCUACAUUAUAAGCGUCGAGACUGAGGGGUGGAUCGAACUGUUCGCGACCAGUGGUACUUUUCUACACAGACGAUAUUUUUAAACGCACUAAUGAGGAACAAUUACCGCAACAUGUUUUUCGCCGGCUACGGAUGUUCCAAUCAGCAACAGAACAGUCCACCAUCGCCGACCAGGGCAGGCCAGUGGGGUAGCGUUUACAGCCCGUUUCGCAACACCAACAUGUCUUUGCAAGACAUCACAAUGAAUUCGACAACAGUGGGUUCAUCUCAUGGUACAAAUGCAAGAUCACCUGGCAAAACCUCUCCGACGGGGGUGAUGGGGACCAGGGAUAGGGGAGGUAGAACAAUGAAGGACUAUGAGGACCAGUUACAAGCUCUCCAAAAGGAAAAUUUCAACCUAAAACUGCGGAUUUAUUUUCUCGAGGAACGCAUGGGCAUUACAUCAGUUGAUGGAAAUGCAAUAAAGAAGAAUAUUGAAUUAAAGGUUGAAAACGAGUCAUUGAGGAAAGAAUUGAUUGAGAAGCAGGAACUUCUUAGUCAAGCAGCCAAAGCAAUCCAGUUAUUUGAAGAACAAAAAGAAGCAUGCUCGCGGAACGAAGUUCAGUAUCAGCAAACACUGGAGGCAGAGCGAGAGAAGAUCCGAAAAUUAGAGAAAGAUUUAGCGGAAUACCAGGAAAGGGCGGAUGCGUCGAUAUAUUACAAGCAAGCAUUCGGGAUCACGUCGGAAAAGGCAGUGGACACUGAGGAGAAGUUACGGCAAAUGGAAGAAGUUGUUGCGUCCCUGGAAGCUGAGGUGGAACAGGUGACAAGUAGCUUGAACGAGGAACGUGGUUGGACACAAGAACUCGAGACCGAGAGGGAUGAACUUAAAGAACGUUUGGAGGCUGAGAUACGCGUGAGAGAAAACUUGGCUGCGGAAAGGGUGCAAGAGUCGGAGAGUCUACGGGAGAAGGUCAAAGAGUUGGAGGAAGAACUUCUGAAAAGGGAGGUCGACCUGCAACAGUCUAGAAACGACUUAUCCGAGACGAAACGAGCGCAGAAGGAGCUAAAAACGCAGCUGGAGAACAAGUGUCAGGCGUUCGACGAGCUAAAUGCGGUUACAGAGAAACGCAAGAAACAAAUUGAUCAGUUGAGGACAUCGGUAAAAAGCAGAGACGAUGCUCUGACGGACCUUAACAAUAAACAUCGCUCGUUGCUCUCUCAGCUCGAGAAUGGCUACAUCAAACGUUUGUUACCCAGCAAUUCGACGGGAAUGAAUUUAAUUGACGAACCAUUACAGAGAGAUCUAGUGCAGGAGAUAGAUGAAAAAGAUAUUGAGAUAAAGCAACUAGAAGAAAAGAGCAAGCAACUUGUGCUGAAACUGUGCAACAUGCAAAAGCAUUCGGAGACUGUGGAGUACAAGUUGAAGAAGUUAGAGAUCGAUCAUGAGAAGGCGAUUAAGACCAUUCAAGGAUUCAUGGAGAGGCAUCAACAGCUGGAGAGCAGUAAGCUAUUAAAGGAACAAAAGAUCAUGCAAUUGGAAAUUGAAUUACACCAGCUACGGGAAGGCGAGAAGUCGAAUGCGGAAAGGGACAGAAGACACGAGCGUACUUCCAGCAAUCAGCAACGUUUCGACGAAAUGGAAGCGAAAAUAAACGACCUACGAGACCAAAUAGAGACCAUCAAGGCUGAGAAAAGUCGUUUGGAGACGCAGAUACAAGUUGAAUCCCAGGAAUUGCUAGGCCGUGUACAAGACAGGGAGCAGAAGAUCGAGACUUUAAAAAUCGAGAAACAGGCGAUAAAGGAGCAGCUAGAGGACAAGGAGAAUGAAUUCCUGAAGCUGAAAGAAUCUACGAAAAACGAAUCCGAGAGCCUACACGAAAGAGAAGAUCUCUUACGCAAACUGCAACUCCAAGACAGUGAGAUCGAGGAGAAAAAUCGAAAAAUCGACCAACUGACGAAAGAAUUGCAGGUGAAGACGCAGAACCUGCAGCAACUGGUGAACACCGAAUUGUGGAGCAAGAAUAAAGAGAUCGCGAAGCUCCAUAAUCACAUGACCGCGAACAGUAGCUAUGAGAGAAGCCGAAACAGAUCGGACAUCGUGCAAGAAAGUGCUAACACGCAGUUGUCCACGUUGAUCAGAGAGUUGAACGACAUUGGUAUAAAGGUGACGUUUACCAAUGAGGUGAUCCAAUUGAAUUACGUCGACGGGAACGAGCCCAUAGACGUAAAAACCAUGACAGACUAUGUACAGAAGCUGUUGAUCCAGAAAAAUGAGCUGGAGAAAGAGGUCGAUUACUUGAAAUGGCUGAAGCUGGUCUCCAGACCGGACAUCGCGACAGAAAUGGACGGAUACGGGGAUAAUCAGACAGCGAAGAACAGAAAAUACUGCGAAUUGUUGCGUACACAUUUGAAGGAUUUGGUGAAGUUCAUGAAGGAGAUGCUGAAGAAUGUCGAUUACACGGACGCAAUCGGUAACGAGCACAAGAAGAUCGUCCUCGAUGUUCUGACCAAUUCAAAGAUAUUGUCCGACGAUUUCCUGAAUGCUCUGGAAGGGAUCUCGACUAAUGAUAUACCAAUUAAUGUUGAAGCGGUGAUUGCGAGGCAGAUCGACGGAAGAGUGAAGAAAAGUCGGUCCGAGAAUCUGCUCAGUGCUACGAAAAAUCAAACGUCUACGCAAUCAGACUCAGAAGCGUUCUCUGAACCGGACAGGACAGUUUCUCUGGCCAGAAUUGGACUACAGGAAAUGCAACAAAAAUCAGUAAACCGUCCCAGGUUCUCCAAGUAUACGAAAACAUUCACCGAUUCCGAAGACUCUCUUGAAUACGUGCCUUAUCAUAAAACUUAUCAAAAUGAUUUGAACGACACGGAAGCAAAUCAUCAGAUACAAGAACUAAAAGAGACGAACGCAUUUUUGUAUACAGAACUGAGCGCUCUUAGGAACGAAUUGAGUGCGAAGGCCUCCUUCGAUUGUACAUUCGAUGAAAAGAUAUCCCCGUUAAUGAUCAAACUAGAAACAUCGCAGAAGUUCUGCGAAAAAUUGCAGACGUCUUUGGAGAGAAGGGUGCAUGAAGUUCACACGCUGAAGAAGGAAAGCAAACAGAAUAAUGUACGAAAGGCACAACUAGAAAAGAAACUGGUCGAUCUGGAAAGCAUGGCUGCGGAAAUGAAUAAACAGAAAGCCGAGUUGUUGCAUUACAAAGAGAAUGCGGACCGGAAAGCCGCGGAGAUGCUCAUUACACUUAACAGAGAAAACGAAAUACUGAAGACACGAAUUCAAAAACUGGAAGAUGAGAAUGAAGCUGCUAAGGCGAACAUAACAACUUUAACGAAGGAGUUGGAUCAUUUAACACUUUCACACAGUCAAAUUCUUGUGGAGAAUACUAAAUUAACCAAUGACAAACUACGGUUGGAACAAGAAGUUAGAAAAACAGAAAGUAGAUGUGACUUGACUAUUCGCAAUAUGCAUGACAAGUUUAACAAGGAGAUCUCUGAUUUAAAUCAAAUCAACGAAUCGCAUAGAGUGCGAAUGCAGGAAUUGGAAGUAGCUAACAAAGAAUUACGAAGGCACGUUGCUGUUUGCGAUGCUAGUGAUUCAGCGCCAAGUUCCAGCGGCGUAUCCUCGAUACCCACGGACGGUAUACUCAAACAAACUUGCGAGGACAUCCUGCAAGAGUAUCAAUCGUAUAACAAUUCACAGUACUGGUUUUCCAUGAAUUAUCCAACGAUUGGUGGACGAAGCAAAUCCAGUUGUUCACCAGAUUUAGGGAUUGAAAGUGAUGCAGCUAUGUCGACUAUGAGGCCGUUAAAAGAUACUCUGAAGAUUACAGAAUCGAUGACAAAUCUUUUAAGCGAUGAAGACUGCGACAAUGGUAAUGGUCCAGUUCGAAAAGCAGGUAGCGAGAGUCCGUUGCCGAUCGAAGGUUUAGAUGAAGUGGACGCCUUGAAGCAAGAAAACGAAACGCUGAAAAGAAGGUUGAUGAAAACAAGAAGAGCAUUGGAGGACACUUUCCAGCAUCUGUCUGCAUCAAAUAAGAACAAGAAGAACGUUGAAAAGGCAAUAACGAAGCAAUUGCAGAUUACCAAAAGUAUUUUAAAGAAAACGAGGACUUUCGAGGAGCCCUUGGAUAACUAACAGAGAUAGGCGGAUUGAAACGAGCAGAAAAGAUAUUCUUGUUGAGAAAGCAACACGUAAAGCCGCUCGUUCAAUAUCCCAGAAACAACACCAUCGUUUAUUUUUGUAUAAUCGCGCCUUUAUCGAAUCUCUGCCAUUCAUGCGUCGUUCAAGUUUGUAAUAAUUCAAACAUCUCUUGUUAACGAGAGAAGCAAACGCGUAUAAUAUCUUGUUAAAAUUUACGAAAGAAGUAUUUUCUUACAUAUACGAAACGUCGAAAUCAGACGAGUACACGUGCAUAUGAAACGAUGACAAACAAAUUAUUACUUCGUAAAAUAAGAUGUACAUUGCAAUUUUUGUAUAUAAUCAUGUAAACGUACUCGAACCCUUUGUAGAUUGUUUCUCCCUGAUCCAAUUUUAACGCGACCUUGUGGUCGAAACGAAAUCUGUCCGUUUGUCGUGUUUCGUUUUCUCGACAACAGAAAUUCGCCCGCGUGUACAUAAAACCACUGAUGUAUCAUUACACAGCAUCUGUACAUAGUCUUCACCAAUAAAGUGUCAUUAACAUUUGAUGAAAUA